AUGGCAGACGACAACACCAUCAUCGAGGGCUUCGUCAAGUUCCGCGAGGGAAAAAAGUGGAAGUCGCGGUGGUGCGUGAUGCGGCGGCUGUCGCCCGUCGCCGACUGCGUGCAGCUGCAGGUGUACGCGGAGGCCGGGCCACGGCGCGCCGCAGGGUGGGGCGCAGGCGGCAGUAAGGCGUCGCUGUCGCUAGAGCAGUUCGUAGGAGCAGAAAGCGGGUUUACGCUCGACAAACAGAGCAACACCCUGGCGCUGGUGUGUCGCGACCUCGUGGCCCUGCUGGCCUUCGACACGCGCGAGCGGCUUCUGCAGUGGCAGGUGAAGACGCGGGCGGCGCUGGGCGAGUCGCGGCAGCGCCUCGUUAUCGUCGCCUCGGCGCCCAAAAGAGGCGGCAAGGGGCCUGCGAGGCUGCACGUGCGCGCUGGACAAGCCGCACUUACGGCCGGUGUGCCUCCGCGGCUGCUAGGCCUAUGGGACUUAAACCAUCUGAGGCGCUACGGUGUCGUGGAGGGUCGAUUCUGCUUUGAGGGUGGCUCGCACUGCGGAAAAGGAGAAGGGCUUCACGUGCUAGUGACCGAUCAGGCAAACGAGAUCGCGCGCGAUUUUGAGUUGGCUGCGCGGGGGUGCCUUUCGCCGGCGCGAAGGCCCUCCAUAGCCCGAAAAAGUGAAGCGGGAGGAGGUAGUCCCGAGUCGCACAAGGCGUAUCGACCGGAAACGCGGCUGUCGGAGCUGAGCGCAGAGCGUCCGCUGCCGCCCGCCGAGCUGCGGCUGGGCGAGACGCGCUGGGCGAGCGGCGACGGCGACGGCGACGCCGCCUCGCUGCGCGCCGCCCCGCUCACCCCGUGGGACGGCGGAGUUACGCUCGAGCGCUGCGUCAGUUGCAUCUCCAAGCUCGGCGCGCUGUCGCGGUCGUCCACCGCGGCGCUCACGCCCGGCGCCAAGCACUUCAGUCCCGCGUGGACGAUGGAGGCGCUGAGCGAGGCCGCGGCCCCGGACGCCGCGCCGGGUGGGGGCGCUGGCCGCCCCGAGGCGGAGGGCCCGGACAGGCGCGCUCCGGUGAGGCCGCCGCGCCCAGCGUGUCUCGAACCUGCACCCGGUGGCAAGGUGCCGAUGCCUCUACCGACCCCCUCGUGCGUCUGCAACUCUCUCUCCGAAGGACCUGCUCGAGCAGGCGUCGGACCCUAUGAAAAUUAUGACGUCCCUAGAAUUCCCUGCACCGAGGUGGACGGGGAGUACUACGACACGCCGAAAAGGCUGAGAGAAUAUUUCGAUAGCGAACUUUUUAGGAUUACAAGAGGUUCAUCAGAGGAUGUCAUUAUAUUAAGGAAACCGUGCGGGUGUUUACUGAAAGUCGGUCGAAGAAGAACAGAGCCCACGGUGGUAGAGACGGAGGAAAAUUUUCAGUCAGUCGACUGUCCGUGCAGGAAAGUAACCGACUGGGCGAACGCGUGGAUCAAGCUGCCGUAUUGCAGAAGAAAUACCGAUGUCAACGAGAGUUCAGUGCCAAAUAAAGAGAACGUGACACCGAAUGGCGCCGAUAGCAGUGCGCUCUACGCCACGGUUGAUGUAGCUAGGAAGACCCGACGGAAAAUAUGGUGCGAGCGGCGCGGGGUCUACACGCCGGGGGGCUCCGCGCCCGAGGUCGACCAGGGCCCACUCGCACACUAUGAGAAUCUCAGUUUUGCGUUAUCGCUCGAGCACUACGAAAACGCAAAAGACCUGCUCCGGAGAGCGGGCAUUACGCAAACCGAGUUGGACGCGAUCGGUGCCAGUUUGAAGCCUUCUUCCUUCGUCGGCGUCGACGGCGGAGGCGUAUGCGCCAGGUGCGGCCACCCUCCGCACGAAGACCGGCCCGGCGGCGGCUCCUCCGACGAGUACCUGCUGAUGGAGCCGAAGAACAUGGAGGCCGACGAGGCGGAGGCCGGCAAGGUUCCGCCCGCCGGGUACGCGCCGAUGUCGCCGGUCGGGCCGUUCGCCCUCCGCACCCUCCGGCGGCCGCCGCGGGGAGGGGCGGGCCGGCCGCCGGACGAGAAGUCGGCCAGCAACCCCGCGCUGUGCGCGGCGGAGCGCGCCUGUUCCGGCGCCGCGCCGUCGCGCCGCGCGCGCUCGCAGCCGCCGCGCGCCGAGUCCUCGUCGGCCGAGGCGGAAGUGCCCGUGCUGCUCGCCAGGCCGCUAGCAGGCGGUGUCGCCACGGUGGCGGACACGCACAGCACGUCGAGCGGCACGUCCGACAUGUCCGAUUACGUCGAGACGCUGUCGCUGUGCUCGUCGCACUCGUCCAGCGACACGCCCGUCGCCCUGCGCGCGCGCGGCGCCACGAGCCUGCUGCGCCCGCGCUCGGGCCGCGAGUACCUGCGCGUGCCGCGCGCGCCCCCGCGGCCCCCGCGCCCCCCGCCGCCCUGA